AAUGAGCCAACGCACAACCUUAAUCUGUUCAAAAAACUUAGUUAAAAAUUUUACAUUUAUUAUGAUCAUGUAAAACGUUAUCAUAUUGGAUAAUAUUUACCUUCAUUUUAAUUAAUGGUAUUUUUUUCAUUCUUACAAUAUUAGCUACAAUUUCAUUUUUCAUGUAUUUCGUCAUUACUUAGUGAUUUGUUUUUGAAAAACUAAGGAAUAACUUCCAUGAAUUCAUUCUAGUUCUUGAAUAAUUUAAUUCUUAAACAAUAUGUGGCACGAAGCUAGAAAACAAGAAAAAAAAAUUCGUGGUCUACUAGUAGACUAUCAAAGAAGAGCACAACGAAGAAAAGAUUUUUAUGAAAAAAUUAAAGCAGAUCCUACUCAGUUUUUGCAAUUACAUGGUCGUCAGUGUAAAAUACACAUUGAUCCGGGUAUUGCAAUUGCAGCCAACAGCCCAGCAACUAUGAUGCCUUGGCAAGGAAAUGAUGAAAUAAUGAUUGAUCGUUUUGAUGCUCGUGCACAUUUAGACUUCAUAAGAGAACCAAAAAAAGAAGAUACUGAUGAUGAAUUAUCAUAUGAAGAACGCCAAUUAAAUUAUGAACGUUAUAGAAUUUUAGUUCAAAAUGAAUUUUUAUCAAUGCCAGAGAGUAAGUUUUUGCAUCAACUCUUAGUGGAAGAAAAAUUUGGUCCUGUUGGUAAGUCAGAUGCAGAUGAUGCAAAGAAAAAAUCUACAGCAAAUGCUGCAAUUCCAUAUAAAUAUAAUGACGAUGAAGAUACUACAAUUAUUGAUGAUUCAAAAAAGUAUUUAGAUAUUAAAACAAAAGUUGAAAAUUCAGACGAUUCAGAUGAAGAAAGCGAAGUAGAUUUUGAUUUAUCUAUUGACAUUAGUAAAAUUGGUACUGACCAAGCUAAUGAAUUAAAUACUACAGCUCAUAAUUAUGGAAUGACUACCAAUGAUUUUUAUAGUUUUCUAAAUAAUGAUUUAGAAGAAGCUGAAAAUAUUCAGUUGACUCGUUUAGCUGAAGAAGAGAAAGCAAUGUUUGCUGGAAGACGAUCUAGGAGAGAACGACGUGCAUAUAGAUUAAAAGCAUUAGAAGGCAAAGCAUUAAGUCCUCUUAGCUAUGCAACUCGAAAAAGUCCAAGCUAUAAUGAUUUUGAUAAACUUUCUUCUAUGGCUACAUCACGUUCACCUACACCAGAAAAUACAGGGCAAGUUACUUAUAUAACAAGCUUUGGAGAUGAAGAGCAAGCACCAAUAAAUGAAAAAUCAAAAUCAUCUAAUUCUAAAUCGUCAAUAUCAAAGCAUUCUUCAUCUAGAAAAAAACGUUCUCGUACAAGAUCACCACAUAAAAAGUCCAAAUCGCCUUCUAAACAUCUUGCUCGAUGGCGUAGAUCACUUAGUAGAAAUAAAUCAGUUUCUCCUGCCAGGACAUCUACUCCUGCAGCUCAAAAGCCUCCUCCAAUUCAGCGAUAUUACGGUCGAAGAGGAAAAGAUUCAUCAUCUGAAUUAAGUUUAUCUGAAGAUGAAGACAGUAAGAAUAAAAAGAAUACUAAUAACCACAAUAAAAUCUCAAUACCAGAUAUCAGUUUAUCUUCUUCCAGUAAAAAACAGAAUUCAACUGACAAAAAACCUACUCCACAGGAAAUAAUGAAACGAAAAAUGCAAGUUUUGCUUAACAAACAAUAUAAAGCAGAUAAAAAAGCUCAACGAGAAAGAGAAUUAAAAAUGGAGCGAGAACAAAUAGAACGAGAAGAAGAAAUUAAAGAACUAUCAUUAAAAAUGAGAAGACGAAGAAGACGAUUACGUCACCCAGAAAAUAGUUCUUCAUCAUCUUCAUCAUCUUCAUCACAAUCAAAGUCAAGAUCUAAAUCUAGAAGUCCAAGCAGUUCAAGUUCGAGUUCAAGUUAUUCUAGGUAUAGAAAGCGUAGACGUAGAUCAAGAUCCAGAUCUAGAAGUGCAGUUCGGCAUAGAUCAAGAAGUUCUGAUCGUAGACGGCGGUCAAGAAGUGAUGAUAGGAGACGAGUUAAAAGAAAUGAUGAGCGUGACAGGUAUAAAAGAGAUGACAGACGUGAUUAUGAUCGAAGAGAUGAUUAUCGAUCAAGACGUAGUCCUGAUAAAAGAAAUAGGAGAGAAGAUAGAAGAGAUAGUCCUAUAAGAAGGGAUAAUAAACAAAGAGAAAGCCCGGAUCGUAGGAAAAAAGAAAUUGUUGAUAAUCGCCCAGCAGCAAGAAUUACUUAUGAGGCUAGUCCUAAACGUUAUGUACCAAGUGCUAAACCACAAACUACUAUGAAGCCUCUAGUAGAUUAUUGAUCAAGCAAACCCUUCAGACUGUAAUUUUUUUUUAUUUUUCCAACAAACUUGAAGACUUCUACAAAGUAUAAACAUAUUUAUGUAUUUUUUAUUCUCUAAUGAUUAGAUGUUAAUUUUGUUUAAAAAAAUUGUUUAUACUCGAUAAUAUUUUAAAAUUAAAUUUGCAAAACACUAUACUUAA